CCUCAUUCAGUUAUUAGAGGCGAGGGCUGGAGCAGAGACGCGGCUGCGCUUUGGGAGCUGUCUAUGGUGCUGAUGAGAUCUGGUGCUGAACGGCACUUUCCUCUCUCUCUCUGAACAGGAGCAGCAGAUAGACAACUGGGAUUGAGAAGACAAAGCAGGAACAGCCUGAAUUCUACUGGAUCUCUCUGCUCUCUCUUCAUUUGGAAGCUGCCUGACAUGGUAACAUUUUCUCUGCUUGAUAUUUCUUAUCUCUCUCUCUCUCUAGACAAUACUGAAGCAGCCGACAAUCAGUCUGAUUGGAUAAAACACCUUUUUAAAAGUUUUUGGGGUAGAUGAAGACAUUUCUAUGCAAAAGGAAAACUUAACCAGACCCGUUUUUUUUUUUUUAACUGAUUGUGACUUACAGGUUGUAGAUUUUGAUGAGAUACUUUGGGUUUAAAGUGUGUAAACUGCCCUUUCAUUCCCAAAGGGGAUCUGACUCUUAAACAGUGGAACAUUUAAUAGAUCUCUAGAAAAGAAUCGGUUAUUGGGCAGGCAUGGAAAACCAGACAUUGUCCAUAGGAAUGCCGCCCAUCAAUGACACGGGAAUGAAUGAAACACUUGGGAAUAUGCCCCAGAAUGCCCUAGAGGUACAAGUGGUUACAAUAUCCCUUGUUCUGCUGAUCUGCGGAGUGGGAAUUGCAGGCAAUAUUAUGGUCGUUUUGGUGGUCUUAAGAACCAAACAUAUGAUGACCCCCACUAACUGUUACCUGGUGAGCUUAGCCAUUGCUGAUCUGAUAGUUCUUCUGGCUGCCGGGCUUCCCAACAUUUCAGAAGUGGUGGCUUCUUGGGUGUAUGGCUAUGUUGGCUGCCUCUGCAUAACUUAUCUUCAGUAUCUGGGGAUCAACAUUUCAGCUUGCUCCAUCACAGCCUUCACCGUGGAGAGGUACAUCGCCAUCUGUCACUCCAUCAAAGCCCAAUUUAUCUGCACCGUGUCCAGAGCCAAGAAGAUCAUCGCCUUCGUGUGGGUCUUCACCUCCAUGUACUGCGUCAUGUGGUUCUUUCUGGUGGACAUCACAGAGGUCAAGUUUGCUGAUGGCGUCCAAGUCAACUGCGGCUACCGAGUUUCCAGAAACCUCUACACCCCCAUUUACUUCUUGGACUUCACCAUUUUCUACGUGAUACCACUGGUGCUGGCCACGGUUCUGUAUGGACUCAUAGCCAGGAUAUUGUUCAUGAAUCCCUUACCUUCUAACCCCCAGGAUCUGAGCAGAAUGAGCUCCAAACAUUAUGGGAAGCCCUAUAACUCUAUUAAACUUUCCGGUAAAGGCAAUAAGAACACAGCCAACUCAAGGAAACAAGUGACCAAGAUGCUAGCAGUUGUAGUGAUCCUGUUUGCUCUCCUGUGGAUGCCAUACCGCACUCUGGUGGUUGUGAACUCCUUUAUGGACCCUCCAUAUCUCAACGUAUGGUUCGUACUAUUCUGCAGACUGUGCAUCUACCUUAACAGCGCCAUCAAUCCCAUCAUCUACAACCUGAUGUCCCAAAAGUUCAGAGCUGCCUUCAAAAACCUGUGCAAGUGUGAGCAGAAGAGGACCGAGAAGGCAGCCAAGUACAACAUUCCCGUAUAUUACAGCGUCAUGAAGGACAGUUCCCACGAGAGUCCAGAUCAUGAUGUCACAGUUCAGGAGGAUCUCAAUGGGUUUCCAACAAAAAAAGUAAACUUCCCACAGAACUGCGUCGAUACCACGACAACAUACAGUGUGGCGUAGUAACACCCAUAAUAUAUAUAUAUUUACUUUGUAAUGGAUUUGAUGAGAUUGCAAAGAAUGGGUAGUUUUAAUCUGAUCAGUCAAGAUUGCUGGAGUGGAGAAGCUCUCCUGGAGUCAUGUGGUGACCACUCAACUAUACAAGAACUUAAUUUCGUUGUGUUCGGAAGACACCACCAAGCUCCUGAGAUAAUGUUACGAAAAACUGUAGAGAAGGAUCUGAAGAUGUUUGGACACUUGCUCCACAUCUACUGAGGGUUUUUUUUUCCAUUGUGGGGGGGCUUUGAUUUUAAAGUGAUUAUGCCAAACCAUGGAUUACACCAUGGACCACUUGCUUAUGUUGUUGUAAGUGUUCUAGAGUCAUGCCAUUUGUAUGAUAUGGCCUGUACAUAUGCUUCCUGAUGAAAUCUAAUUUGAUGUGGAGUUGUCAGUUCUCCUCAGAAGGAUUUCAAGAAGAUCAUCAAAUAGUUGUUUCAUAGUUGAGCCUAGGUUUUAUUUCCAUGGGGUACAUGUCGACCAGCAACCCAAUAAAUGAUAUUGACUUUGUGUGACGAUA